AUGCCAAGAACUCUAAAAGCCAAGCCAAGCCAUGGAGAGUCAAGCCAAGCUAAGCAGAGCAAAGCGAAGCCCAGCCCAGCCAAGCCAAGCCAGGCCAAGCCUAGGAAAACCAAGACAAGCCAAGCCAAGCCAAGGAAAGCCAAGCUAAACAAACCCAAGGAAAACCAACCCAAGCCAAGGAAAUCAAAUCCAACCCAAGCCAAGCUAAGCCAAGCCAAGGAAAGCAAAGCCAAAGCAAGCCAAGCAAAGCCAAGCCAAGCAAAGCAAAGCCAAGGAAAACCAACCCAACCCAAGCAAAUCAAAGCCAAGCCAAGGAAAGCCAAGCCAAGGAAAGCCAAGGAAAACCAACCCAAGCCAAGGAAAUCAAAGCCAAGCCAAGCCAAGCCAAGGAAAGCAAAGCCAAAGCAAGUCAAGCCAAGGAAGGCAAAGGCAAGCCAAGCCAAGAUAAACCAAGGAAAGCCAAGCCAAGGAAAACCAACACAAGCCAAGGAAAUCAAAGCAAACCAAGCAAAGCCAAGGAAAACCAAGCCAAGCCAGGCCAAGGAAAUCAAAGCCAAGGAAAACCAAGCCAAGCCAGGCCAAACCAAGGAAAGCCAACCCAAGCCAAGCUUAUUCAAGGAAAGCCAAGCCAAGCCAGGCAAAGCCAAGGAAAACCAACCUAAACCAAGCAAAGCCAAGCGAAGGAAAACCAACCCAACCCAAGCAAAGCCAAACCAAGCUAAGGAAAACCAACCCAAGCCAAGCAAAUCAAAGCUAAGCCAAGCAAAGCCAGGCCAAGCCAAGGAAAACCAACCCAAGCUAAGGAAAUCAAAGCCAAGUCAAGCAAAUUCCAGGAAAGCCAAGCCAAGCCAGGCAAAGCCAAGGAAAACCAACCCAAAUCAAAGCCAAGCAAAUCAAAGCCAAGCAAAGCAAAGCAAAGCCAAGCUAAGGAAAACUAACCCAAGCCAAGCAAAUCAAAGCUAA